AUGGCUUUCAGGGCUACAUUGACUACACUCUUCCUCCUGCAAUGGGUCACCGCUUCACCGGCCCUAAAUAGCAGCAUAAUCACAUAUAAAUUUCCAGAAGGAUUGGACCGGGCACAGUCCUACGUCAUUCAGGUUAAGCAACCUACUGGGGGUUUGCAUACUGUCGAAUCCUACAACGCCAUCGUAUCAGAAGCCAAUACGACGUCCGGAAAGGGAAUCGAGCACAAUACUUCCUUUGCCUUGUUCGACUUUGAAGGACCUGUUGAGCUCUCCGUCACCUACAACAAUGGGCCUGUCAAAUCUGCGGUCAUAAGGCCAUACUCAUAUGGCAUUAAGCCGACCGUUAAAGGAAAUACGGUCUCAUUUAUGUUGGACCGGCCACGCAACGUCGUAGUCCAAGUGAACGACGAUGUAUUUGACACGUUACAGCUUUUCACAAAUGCCCUGGAGACCGACAUUCCAAGUCAACGCGAUCCGAACGUGGUUUACUUUGGACCCGGCAUCGACAAUGGCCCCUCCUCCAAGAAUGGAACACUGGUCGUGCCAUCCGGUAAAAUUGUAUAUCUUGCUCCCGGUGCAAUUGUCACUUCCCGACUGGCCUUUCAGAAUGCGACCAGCGGUUCAAUCCAGGGUCGGGGCGUGAUCAAUCCGAGCUCAUCGGGCGGUAUACUUAUCGAAUGGUCCAGCAAUAUCCUGGUCAAGGAUAUUCUCAUUCUCGGAGCAAAAGGGUUCUCCGUCACGACGGGUACAUCGAAAAACAUUACUAUGUCGAGAAUCCGUUCGAUGUCUUCCACCGGCAAUGGCGAUGGGAUUGACUUCUUCUGCAGCGAGGAUGUGCUGAUUGAUGGAGUGUUUCUUCGCAACUCCGACGAUAAUAUCGCUCUUUAUCAGCACCGCUGGAACUACUACGGGAACUCUAAAAAUAUCACCGUGCAGAACUCAUCCCUCUGGGCUGAUUGGGCUCAUCCCAUAAAUAUCGGCACGCAUGGCAAUACCGAGAACCCCGAGACAAUGGAUGGCGUCACGAUCCGCAAUAUUGACAUUCUUGAUCACCGCGAGCCGCAACUGUGGUACCAGGGAUGCAUUGCCAUUAAUCCCGGAGAUAGUAAUUUGAUUCAAAACAUCCAUAUUGAAGACAUACGAGUCGAGGAUUUUCGCUUGGGCCAGUUACUCAAUUUCCGGGUGAUGUAUAACUCCAAGUAUAACACGUCCCCUGGCAGAGGCAUUCGGAAUGUCUACGUUAAGGACCUGGUGUACAAUGGGUCCCAUGCCAACCCUUCAUUGUUUUUGGGAUAUGAUAAAGAUCGGAAGAUUUCCAAUGUCACGUUUGUCGACCUACGGAUUAACGACAAGUUGAUCGAUGAUAAUAUGGCUAAGCCAUCCUGGUACUAUACGGCGGAUUUUGUUCCCAUGUUUGCGAAUGAAUAUGUAGAGGGAUUGAACUUUACGAGCGAGCAAUAG